GCCCUCCAAUUCUUAUUCAAGAGGGGAUAUAAGAGCUGCUCGAACGCGUUCGCACGUGUCGCCAUUCCUCCAAGUUCACCCAUCCAGCAUCUUUCCUUCGCGCUUUCAAACAAAUACCAGGACAACUAGUUUAUCACACCUGAUAUCGAAUGCAAGAUCCACCCGACAUAAUCGAGAUAUCAUCUUCCCCGGAGUCCUCUCCCAAACCAGCGGCCAAACCUCUAUCCAGGUCUCACUCAAAGAAACGCGCUCUUCCUCUCUUUCUUCCCGAUGAGUCCGAGCAGGAUCCAGAUAUCAUCGAGUUGACGGACACGGAGGAAGAAGAGGACGUGCCUACCCCGAACAAGAAGCAGAAGACUAACUCCGGAAAUGCGAAAGCAGGGCCUUCGACCAAGCCCAACUCGUUAUUUGUGGCAGGCUCAAGUAAAGGGAAAGGCACUGCUCCUGCUUCGCGAGCUGGGUCCUCGUCGCGGCUGCUGAGGUCGGGUUCAAGCAUACAGAUUAUCAGCCCCUCCGACUUUGAACAAUCCGCGAAGUCGAAGCGCUCUGGUUCCAGUAAGCCAGUAGCGGGCGGUAGUGGCAACCGUACCCGUUCUCAAGCCGGACAACCGCUCACUGACGUCCACAACACUCAAACCGAUGCACAACCCCCUGCUGCCGCUGCGCCGACGAUCGCGAAUCCCAUCCCUGAUGCCAUAACAACACCUCGUAUACCCACACCUCCUCCUCGUACCCCUACACCUCCUCUCCUUGACUCAACAACUCUUGAUUGGGACCCUACACCUCCACCGGAAGCAGCACCGGCGCCUCAAGAACCGAAACCCCUUGAUAUAGUCACUCUAGUAUGCGAAGUUAUUCCCGACGUCUCGCCUGCUUACGUCCGUGACCUCUCAGACCGGCUCAGGGAUUUGCAUCCGGACCAUGCUGAACUCAUUGGGGCAGUUUUACACAACCUGUUCGAGGACCCGACAUAUCCUAAGGACGUUAAGGGUAAAGGGAAGGAGAAGGAGGUUACUAACUCCACGGGCGACGGUGAACAAGUGGAUUAUGCGAGCAAGAACAGGGCGAGCAGAGGUGGGCCAGCGUAUGGCGGCCUUGCGCUGGAACAACUCUACGUCGACUUUCCCGAAAUCCCAGAAGACCAUGUCAUCACCAUGUUUACAGUGCUCGAUAUGCUCUACGCGCCAACUUAUUUCUUCCUCCGCGAGGAACAAAGGAGCAAUAACCCUCCCUACGUCAAACAAGACGCAGACGCAAAGCAACGACGCGUCAAUGCGAAGAAGAAGGGGAAACGAAAGGCAGCUGCCUCGGAUGAAGAGUUUGCAAAGGAACGACAGUGGUUGCUGGCGAAAUUGCAACGUGAAGCAGUAGAGAAGGGUGGAAAUGUUCCCGCUGCCGGGACCGAGACACCAGGUGGCGAGGCCUACGCAGAAGAAGAGGAAGGUGGGAUUGAAUGUGGCUGUUGCUUCACCGAAUAUCCAUUUCGUCAAAUGAUUCAAUGCCCCGACGCCCACCUAUUCUGUACGGAAUGUGUCACCUCCUUCGCAUCCACCAAACUCGGCGAACACAACCCGGCCAUCCUCUGCAUGGACCAGUCUGGGUGCACGCUCCCUUUCCCCGACUCUGAGCUCCGUCGUAUACUCUCAGCCAAGCUUUGGGACCUAUACGAACGUGUGAGGCAGAGCAAGGAAGUGGAUGCAGCGGGGCUGGAAGGGUUGGAGGAGUGUCCGUUUUGCGAGUAUAAGGUCCUCAUUGAGUGUGAAUUUGAGCAAGAGAAACUGUUGCGAUGUAGGAAUGAGGAGUGUGGGAAGAUCAGCUGUAGGAAGUGUAAGAAGGAGGAUCAUUUGCCGAAGAGCUGCGAAGAGGUGGACGAAGACAAGAAGCUUCAGGGACAGCAUGCGAUUGAUGAGGCCAUGACUCGCGCUCUCACGAGGAGCUGCCCGAAGUGUCGCAAAGCAUUUAUCAAGGAUGCUGGUUGCAACAAGAUGACCUGCCCGUACUGCCAUACCCUAUCCUGCUAUGUAUGCCGCCAAGUCGUGACUGGAUACGAACAUUUCCAUAACGGCCAGCCUGGAUCGAAAAAGAAUCUCUGCCCUCUGUGGGAGAACGUCGAUCAGCGCCACGCAGACGAGGUCGCCCAAGCCGCCAAGAAAGCCCUCGAAGACUACAAACGCGACCAUCCAGACGUUAACCCAGACGACAUCAAAGUCGACCUCCCAGUCGCACCUCCCCCUCAACCUGGCGUCCCACUCCACCUGCAAGCCAUGGGCGUUGGAGCUCUUGGAGCUCUAGGCGGCGGUAUCCAAUACGCUCAUCAUCAACACGGGCAUCAGAUCCAAGUGGGAGGAUGGAACAUCAACGUCGCAGGACCGGCGAAUGUCGUCAAUCCAAGGGCCGCAGCCGCUGUACCUGCGCCUGCACCUGCACGUCGACACGGACAUGCUGCAGAUGAUAUGAGACGGAUGCGCGAGACGAUGGUUGCGGCAAGAGCUGGUAUUCGACAGCCAGCCGUUCCGAACCAGGGUGCGGACCCGGGUCUGAGAAACGCAAGGGCAGUUUUGGAUGCCAUGAGGCUACAGGAGGAACAUAGGGAGCGGCUAAGGCUGGCAGUCGAGCAGGCACAGCAGGCGCAGCGGGUGCAGACAAGAAAUCAGGCGAUGAUGGCGCAAGCACAGGCUCAGAUUGCGGCGCAAGCACAGGCGCAGGCUGAGGCUCGAGUUGUUCAGACGCGGGCUCGUGCUCAGGCUCAGGCGGCGGUGGCGGGACCUGCACGAGGUCGGCGAGGUGGACAGGUUCUGCCUCAGGCUCAAGCUACAACGGGAGCUGGGAAGAAGAGAAAGCGGACGUAGGUAAAUCUGGCGCAGAGUUUUCGUGGAGGUUGUGGUGUUGGAUCAAGUCUGGGUGGAGGGAGGGGCUGUCGACUGGCACCAAGUUGAUGGUUGUGCAAGGGACGAGCUACGUAUUGAUACUUGCGCGGAGCCGCAUACAUCUCUCCUUGUGGACUGAAGUCUCGAGCUCUUUCAUAUAAACAUACUCAUUCCUUUUAUCACCUUGUUCAUUACUACUAUUCCAAUGUUUAUGUUGC